AUGGAACCGCAGCAGCAGCAGCCGCCGCAAUCACGCCCGGGAGCGGAGGCACCAGCGGCCCAGGAAUCGACCAAUGCCACAGCGAAGGCGACGACGGCCAAAUCACGCGCUCGCCAUCGACGGAAAGAGAAGGACGAAACCGCUUCAGGGACUGCUGAAGAUGACUCGAACAAGCGACGAUGUGUGAGCUCGGCCUGCGUGGCAUGUCGCAAGAGGAAAUCGAAAUGCGAUGGCAAUACACCCGCAUGCGCCGCCUGCUCUCAGGUCUACGGCACUGAGUGCAUCUACGACCCCAACUCGGAUCAUCGCCGUAAAGGCGUCUAUCGAAGCGACGCCGACUCGAUAAAGACUCGAAACUCGACCCUUCAGACGCUCAUUCACGCCAUUCUCAACUAUCCCGAGGAAGAUGUACCGGACCUGGUCCACGAGAUGAGGACAUGCGAGAGCUUGGACAAAGUUGCCGAAAGGGUUGUUGCUCGCGAGCAAGGCCUAGACCUGGACGAUUCCGAUGACCAGCAAGAGGAUCAACACAUACCAAAUUCUACACACACCUCGUCAUCCUCGACUGCGACACCACAGUUCGAGAAGCAAUUGUCGACACGCGUAGGCGAGCUGAGACUCGACGAUGGCUCAGUUCGAUACAUUGGUGGCACUUCAAAUCUGCUGUUCAUGCAGUCGGACAAGGAGUCUCAAGCCUCAUCAGUAUCGGAUGCAUAUCCCCAGCAAGAGAAUCCCGUCACAUCAUGGACCAACCAGACUGCGGAUCCUGAGCUGGUCAUGCAUCUGGUCAACAUGUACUUUACAUGGCACUACACUUUCUUCACAUGCUUGCCCAAGCACCUCUUUCACCGCGACUUCAUGCGAGGAAGACCACCACCCGAUACCCGGCGAAAGACUGAGUACUGCACUCCGCUACUGGUAAAUGCUAUACUCGCCCUAGGUUGCCAUUUCACAUCAUUACCUGGCGCUCGCGAAAACCCAGAAGAUUCAGCCACUGCUGGUGACCACUUCUUCCGCGAGGCCAAACGGUUGAUCAUGGAUAACGAUGAGUACGAAAGGCCCAAGAUGACCACCGUCCAGGCUCUAGCACUCAUGAGUGUACGCGAGGCCGGCUGUGGCCGAGAAGCCAAAGGCUGGGUCUACUCAGGCAUGAGCUUCCGCAUGGCUUGUGAUAUGGGCUUAAACAUCGACUCUUCGGGCUUGGCCCAUGGCACUGACCGUGCUAUUGAUUCCGAAGAAGAAGACGCUCGACGGAUCACCUUCUGGGGAUGUUUUCUGUUCGACAAGUGCUGGUCAAAUUACUUGGGUCGUCUACCACAAUUGCCUAGUUCAGCCAUCACUGUGCCCAAGUUUGACGUCUUUCCAGGCGAAGACAGUGCCUCUUGGGCGCCAUAUACUGAUUCGGGCUUCAUGAGCGCCCGCGCUCAGCCUGCACGUACACGCACAGUGGCCUUGCAGAUAUCCGUUCUGUGCGAAAUCAGUAAUGACCUUAUGCGACAUUUCUACAACCCGAGCGACAUGGACAAGAGUCGCGGUCGACAGGCGGAACUCAAAAUGUUGAGUGAUAUCCACACCCGUCUCGAGACGUGGCGUCGCAACCUGCCGGCUGAGAUGGAGCCCAAGGAAGGCGGUCUCAGUAGUGUGUUGACGAUGCACAUGUUCUUCCAACUUCUUUUCAUUCACCUCUUCCGUCCCUUCCUCAAGUACAAUCAGAGCACAUCACCGCUACCGGCAAAUGUCAGUCCACGAAGGUUGUGUACACAAGCUGCCGCCAUGAUCUCAAAACUCAUGCGUCUGUACAAGCGAUCACACGGUUUGAGACAGAUCUGCAAUGUGACUGUCUAUAUUAUGCAUUCGGCAUGUACCAUCCAUCUGCUGAAUCUGCCAGACAAGAAUGCUCGUCGCGAUAUCAUUCACGGCAUCAAGCAUCUAGAAGAGAUUGGAGAGGGCUGGCUUGGCGCACGUCGCACAUUGAGCAUUCUGUCCGUCAUGGCGAGAAAGUGGAAGGUCGAGCUACCUGAGGAAGCAGCGACUGUACUCGCACGUGCCGAUGCCAAGUUUGGCGCCCAUGGCACAGAUACACCAAGCCCAAUGGCGCGACGAGAGUCCAUCAUGACAAUGAUGGGAGCUUCAGAAGCCCAGCCAGCACAAAGAGCGCAGCAACCAAUGUCACAACCACGCGCUGCCUGGACACCGGCACAGCAAGCGAUGCUCGCCAAUUCUUCUGCUCCCAUGUAUGGGCAGGUCCCGUUCAAUGCUGCACAAUCAGCUGCAAGCCCAUUCAGCCUACCUCCUCAAUCAGCUUCCGAUCUACGUGCAACGAACUACCCGUCCUCACAAUCUACGCCCUUCACGAACGGUCUACAACCCAUCAACUCUGCCGAAUCACCGGCGGGAACCUACACCGCCGCAGCAAGCCCAUCAGACAUGUUCGGUGGUGUCGAGCAACUACUACGCGAAAGUCAAGAUUGGGUCUUCCGCGACCAAGCACAACUGGCCUCAGGCUUUGGGAACUGGGGCGGGCUCGACAUGGGUGUUGCAUCUUUGGGCCAGAGUCCAGUCAAUACGGGGCCGGCUCUCGGGGCAUACCCAUCUGGUGCUGGAUACGCUUCUGUGAUUGGUAGUGUGGGGAUUGGAGGACAACAGCAACAACAACAACAAUCUCAGCAGCAGCAACAGGAUGGAUUUGAGACUAUGACGAGUUAUGAUGAGAGGGAGUGGUAUCAAUGA